CCAUUUGCUUUUUUUUUUUUAACUGCAGUCAUAACGGUCGACGCUGAUGUCACGUGCACUCUCAGUCGAUAAUACCUGAGAGAUUAGAAAAGUAAAUGUUAUGUUUUAUGUGGUAUUUUAAUUAUAUCUGAAUGUAAUUUCAUGCCAAAAGCAACCAUUCUCUUGCUUUUGUUUAAAUUAAAUUAAUUUUUUACUAUGUCAAAUGAUGACCUUACGCCGUCCUUUUUGUUGUUGCUUAGCGAUUUUUGCGUUCUUUACUUCCGUUCACCGUUGCCGUUCCAUCAACAGCUGUUGCUUAAGGUCUAACGUUAAUUACUAAUAGAAAUGAACCGUCUUUGAGCCUUGUGAAGUUAGAUGAAUAUUUGUAGAAAGAACCUUACUUAAUAAUUUUCAGCAUUUUAAUAGAUUAUACUAGUGGGUUUGUUCCUAUAUGAAAUUAAAAUUUUUAUUACUUAAAACAUAAAAUAAAUAUACAUAUAGAGCUUCAGAUCCAGAAAUAAAUAUAUUUUGCACUUCUUGAACACGCAACUUGUCUAAUAUCAACCUGCGCGUUGCCGGUAUUGUCCUCCAGUGCGGCAGGUGGCGCUGUGCGCCGCUCAAAAUCACCACCUUUUUCUCGGACGAUGAACAGUUGUGUUUACUUCAAACGUCCACAAGUUGAGACAUGCGAUCGUAAAGCGUGUAUAGAGAAGUUUAAUUUAUUUUAUUCACAGUCUUCAUAAUACCCUCAAGAGGAAAGCAAGUAUUCGUAAAGCAGUGAGCUAUGGAUGAUAUAGAGGCUGAGCUCAAUAUCGCACAUGAUGCUGCAGAGGAUGAACAGGAACGGCUUCAAAUGCCUGUUUACAUCCACUAUCAUACGAACGACAAAGGUGUACCCUCAGCGAUGAGCUUUCUCAAGACGAACAGAAAGUGUCUACAGCAGAUCAGAGAUGCGAUGCUGCUUCAUAACUGGAAGGAGGCUGCGGUAUAUUACAACAAUUGCAUUCAGACACUGGAUGCCAUGAGUUCCAUAGGACUGCAUCCAACAACUUCUGAGAUCGUGUGGAGGAUAGGCACCGAAAUUCUGCGUCAUCUCCCUAAUGCCAGCGCUGAAGAUUUCAACGCUGUAUAUGAACAGAUGAAAAACAAUGGAGUCAAAAACUUCUCAAAGAUCUGUUUGGAGCAUAGCUUUUAUCUCCUGCUGAACGGGCAGAUGGAUGAAGCCAAGCGACAGUUGUCCAUCGGACAGAGCUGGAGACAUGGCACUGUCUCGAUCGCUCAGGGCGACACCAAAAAACUCAUCCAAGCCUACUGCGGUUUCCUAGAUUACUUGAUCUGGUGUAAGAAGAAGUCCUCUGUUCCUGUAACCGAUGAGAUGAGCACUAACUGUGACAUGCACAGCUACUUCAGACAAGCUUCUGUGACCCUGAAGGAAAUCAUCAGUCAGCCUGGAAUCUGGGACCCGUUUGUGUUGAGUUUCAUUGAUAUGCUGGAGUUUUACAACGAUGAGGACGGCGCUCUGGAGAUUCUGGAGAAUUACGCUUACAACGAGAAUUUUCCAAUCAAUCCCAAUGCUCAUUUGUAUCUGUACCAGUUCCUCAAGAGACACAAUGCCCCAGAAGCCAAACUCAUCGGUUCAUUAAAAGUUCUGCAAAGUUUAGUCCCGAGUCAUGAACUGAUGCUGGAGCUCUGCUCUCUCCUGAAGCACACCAAGCUAAUGAGUGAUCUAGAAGAUGCUCUCUCCAUUUCAAUGAACCUUCUGGAGUUUGUCAGUUGGAGAUCUAACUUAAAGGCUUGGUCCUGUCUUCUGGGUAUUGUGAAGAUGCUCAAACGGAAAAAAUGCAAGGAGACUGUAAUAAAGGAAUGGAAAUCCAGGCGACCGCUGUGGUUCCCCUUACACUUCAGAAGCUACAUCUCCAGGAAGGACAUUGUCGAGAACAUCAGCCUUAUGAAGCUCAAGAAAGAAUUUUUGAAGACAGUAGGUGAAAAAGAUUCACCAUACUGUAAAGUUGUUUGGAAAUGUAUGUCUAAAAGAAAAACAAAGGAAUAGGAAAAGACGGAGAAGGAAAAAGAUGAAGAAGACUAAGAAGUCUAAAUAUAUUUUAUAAUAAACAUGUAAAAUAGAUGGGUUUUUUUCAGAUUUGUUUCACUUUUCAAUGUAAGACACAAGACUCUUUGUUUAUAUCAGGGGUUGGCAACCUUUUUGUCAUGAAGUGCCAUUCUUUUAAGAGUUAAUCAAUGUGCCACAAGCGUGCCAUAGGUGCUGCCCCCUGCUUGAUAUACUGAGUAUCUGCUCAUGUUGAGCUUCACUUUGAAUUAAAAUAAUGGAAAUGCAAA